AUGGCGUCAUGCCUUUAUGAAUGCCUUUGUGAGGCAGAACUUGAAAAAUAUUAUCCCCAUUUUGCUGCCUUUGGUCUUCAAAAGAUUGAUGAGCUUGCCAAAAUUUCCAUGAAAGAUUAUACCAAACUUGGGGUCCAUGACAUGAAUGAUCGCAAACGACUAUUUCAGCUCAUUAGAAUAAUCAAAAUUACGCAAGAGGAAGACAUUGCAGACUUAAGCAAGCAAGGCUUUCAUCCAAGUAGCCUUUUCAUUCAGCCUCAGCUAACCAGAUCAGGUCCUUGUAGACAGCUGCGUUUUGAGUCCUUUCGAGAAAAUGAUGGGACAGUUAAAGACUCCGAAUCUGAAUCAUACGUUUCAUCUGAUUUCAGUACCAAUGAAGAGAAGAACAGUGUAGGGGAAAUGCUUGGACACAUUCAACCACAUGAUUCAGAGCUGAUCAGAUUAACUGGAAGAGACCUAAAUACUCAUGAAAUAUGCACAAAAAAGGACCCAAGCUCUCCAACGGUUUCUGAUGAUAUUGCUCCUCUCCUGGGGGAUUCUGAUGCUCCUAUUGUACAAAGAAUAACUCAUGUUUCAGGGUAUAAUUAUGGACUACCUCAUUCCUGUAUCAGACCCAGUACUUCUGAGAAAGAGACUCCCUGGACACAAAGUGAAAAAAUCAGAGUGUGUGUUCGAAAACGUCCUCUGGGGCCAAGAGAGGAGCGACGUGGGGAAGUUAAUAUCAUCACAGUGAAAGAUAAAGAAACUCUCCUUCUUCAUGAGAAGAAGGAGGCAGUUGAUCUCACCCAGUAUAUUUUACAGCAUGUUUUUUAUUUUGAUGAAGUCUUUGGGGAGUCAUGUACCAAUGAGGAUGUGUAUAUGAAGACAGCUUAUCCUCUCAUUCAGCAUAUUUUUAACGGAGGCAAUGCAACCUGCUUUGCAUAUGGGCAGACUGGUGCUGGCAAGACUUACACUAUGAUAGGUACUCACCGGAACCCAGGACUCUACGCCUUGGCUGCCAAGGACAUCUUUAGACACUUGGAAGCAUCACAGUCCAGGAAAGAUCUCCUUGUUUUCAUCAGUUUUUAUGAGAUUUACUGUGGACAGCUUUAUGACCUGCUAAAUGGAAGGAAGAGGCUUUUUGCAAGAGAAGAUAGCAAGCAUGUUGUUCAAAUAGUUGGACUGCGAGAGGUUCAGGUGAACUCUGUAGAUCUGCUGUUGGAGGUAAUUUUGAAGGGUGGGAAAGAGCGUAGCACAGGAGCUACUGGAGUCAACUCUGAUUCCUCUCGAUCUCAUGCUAUCAUCCAAAUACAAAUUAAAGACACAGCCAACAGGACAUUUGGAAGGAUAUCAUUCAUUGACUUGGCUGGCAGUGAAAGGGCAGCUGAUGCCAGAGACUCAGAUCGACAAACGAAAAUGGAAGGAGCUGAAAUAAACCAAAGUCUUUUAGCACUCAAGGAAUGCAUUCGGGCACUGGACCAGGAGCAUGCACAUACUCCUUUCCGGCAAAGCAAACUAACUCAGGUGCUAAAGGAUUCUUUCAUUGGCAAUUCCAGGACCUGUAUGAUAGCCAGUGUAUCACCCAGCCACAUAGCUACUGAGCAUACCCUGAACACUUUACGAUACGCUGACAGGGUCAAAGAGUUGAAGAAGGGGAUUAAAUGUUCAACCCCUGUUACAAGCAGUCGUCGGACAGCUGGAAAUGUAUCUCCGAAACGUGUCCAAAACUCUUCCUCCUUACCAGUGGGGGAAAAGAGCUCCCCAAAGAAAGUGAAGCUAGGCCUCCAGCACCCCUCGAAUGCUACAAAAACGAAGGCAUGUCCUGCAGCGCUCCAGCCACCAAAUGUCCCUUUUACCUCUACCCUGAGGGGAAUCAACAAAGGAAAUGCCAGCUCACCAUGGUUUCACCACACUAGCCCCCUUAAGGGAGUCCCACGGACAGUGCAUCCCUUGAAGAAAAGUGAUGAUCUGUCUCACCACUCUGACAAACAUCCCACUGCAAAGGAUUUCAUCAUCAAGAACCCUGCCACAGCAGUAACAAAGGAGAGUGGCCAGAGAGACAAGUAUAUGCAAGACAGACCACCUAUCCAGUGCCUGAAAGUGCAGACUGUGCAACCUGUUCAGAAACAGCUUGUUCCUAGAGAAGAUUUUUGCUUUAGAGAUGGAAAUCUGCCUUCCCGCAGCAGACAGGAAUGGGGAAACAUCUUUACUAAACAGUCUGUUGAAACCUGGACAAUUCUGCCUCCAUUUCAGAAGGAAAGGGAAGAACAUUUACGACUUUAUCACCAGCAGUUUCAGCAGCCACCUAUCCUACAGCAAAAACUGAACUAUCAACCCCUAGAGAGGUUUUCAACACACUACAUGCCCCAGGAAAUUCAAAUGAAACCAGAGCUGAGCCUUAGCCCCACAGAAGUACAGAGCAAAGAGGGGAUGCAGCUGGAAGAUCUGGAUGACAGUGAUUUCAGUGAAGAUUCUUUUUCACUUGUCUCCAGUCAAAAGAGCAUGAAAAGAGGAAACACUGACAAAUGCAGUCAACAUUCAUUUUUUCUUCAUCGAGGAGAACAAGGGACUGAAGAAGAGCAAAAAGGGAAAAGGCGACAAGAUUUGUUUAAAUAUGCAAUAUCCACGCAACAAUAUGAAGCAGCUGACAGCUGGGAUAGUAGUGAGGGCAGCCCAAAGACAGAGGAAUCCAUUAAAAAUGUGGGACGCAGCAAAACUCCAUCAGACUGGAGCUAUGACUUAACUAUUGAGUCUUCUCCAAGCAAUACUGCAGAAAAACCGUACUGCCUGCCGGAAGAUUCUGUUUGUAACUGGAAGAAAGGCAAAGAUUUCCUAGACGAUCACAAACAAUACAAAUCCAAGCAAAAAUGUCUCGUUUACUCCAGUGAAGCCACCUUAACUCCAGAAAAGGAUGCUUCUAGCUCCUAUGUUUCUCAUGUACUGAAGUCAGGGAUUCCAGAAUGCGGCGAGAUCAACCACCAGCAUGAAGCAAAGGAAGAGUCCACUUUAGAUAGACAGGCUGCCCUUGUAGAUGUCAAAUGGAAAAUCCAAAAAAAUGGCGUUAACCAUUGUGGAUCUUCCAGUUGUUACUCAGAACUCACUUCUGAGUUCAUGGCCCCUCUCACAAUAUCCCUUCUUGACCAUGAGGAAACAACUGAUACAGAGAAAGUGCCUUCAAACCAAGAGAAGCUUCCCCAUGUGAAGCAGAUGUUGGACAGGAACAUACAAGGCUCCCAGAACAGGCUUGAGGAAGAGGGUUGGCAGUGCACGAGAAGCAGAGCUCUGACAGACAGCAUGUUGGAAGUGGGGGAGAAAACACGUCGUGGUGGAAGACACUGCACCAUGCUGCAUUCCCCACAAACAGGGGACAAGUGGCUUUCGCCUGCCUGCCCUGAUGCGAAAGCAUACCGCUGCCUUCUAGGCUCAGGUUCAUCCAAGCAAGGAGUGGCUGGAUGCGACCCAACAGAAACAUCUGCAGGUGAAUCCACGGGCUCCCGAGGAGCGAGAGAAGGUGGUUUGUUUCCCAGCAAGUCGGUGUGCAAAGAAUACUCUGGUAGGAGACAGCAUGAUGCUGAUGUUAAAGAUGAUACUGGUGAUUCAGGAAAACCUAACCCAAACCAAGGCCCCAGUGUUGAGCCUGUGGCUCAGAAAAUGAAUGCUGAUGCGCCUGAAAAGAGCUAUGUCUUAGGUGCAUCAUGCUUUGUCAGUGCAGGAUACGAGGAUCACGUAGUCCAGUCUCCCUCUCAAGAAAGCAGCCUGCUGUUGCAGCCCAAGUCGGGACUGAGGAAUGAGGACUUCUGUCAUCCUGAAGACCCAGCCAAACCAUCACUCAGCAAUGAAGAAUUAGCAUUGCUGAAAAGCAAGUCAAUGCAGAGUAUUCUUACACAAGAGACUUUUGGUACAGAUUCAGGAUUUGCAGCCAAAGAUAAUAAGCUGUUAGCAAAUGCAAAUAGCCCCUCAGGUGUGUCCAGCAGCAGCUUUCCAACUGCUACAUCAGAGGUGGGAAGAUGGCAGAGGGAAGCCCUGGAAAAGGCACAACAGGCUGUGAUUCGGGCCCAUCGGCAGCAGCUGGAUGAAAUGGCAUCCUUGUGCUUCAAGGAAGAGUGCUUGAUAAAUCAGAUGUCAGCAACAUCAGAUUUUCAGAAUUCUGUGACCAAGCUGGAUGAAAUCUUAGUGCUGAAGUCAAAGUGUAUUCAAACAAUGCGAGCCCAGCUCCAGCUCUGUUUAGCCUCUCCUAGCAGUGAUAUGCCCUUGCAAGUACUUCCACCGCUUUAG